CCUCCUCUCCUCAGUGCUUCGGGAAGCUGUGUGUGCGGAGUUUACGCUCUCUCGCAAGCACCAUGACGGCGGCUAAGAGGAAGGCCGCUUUGCAAGAUUUUUGCAUGUGAUUAGGAGGUUCUCUCCAACAGUCUGUGAAACUGGACUUGACGCAUCUUUCAUUUUCGGCCCUGCAGAAUGUCCAAAAUCAGGCGGAAGGUUACAGUGGAGAAUUCGAAGACCAUAUCGGACAGCAGCAGUAGCACGACCACCCCCUCCCGCAGGCCCAGCGUGUUUGAGAGACUCGGACCCAGCACGGCCAGUAAUGCAGCAGAGACUCAUUGUAGAAACUGGUUAAAGACUGGGAACUGCAGUUACGGUAACACGUGUCGAUACACACAUGGAACCCCAUCACGAGGAAAAGGCUUCUCUGGAACAUUCAACAGGUCAGCUGAGAGGCACACUGGGGAUCUCCGGGAGAGGAUGAAGAAUAAGAGACAGGAUGUAGAUGGUGACACUCAGAAAAGAGAUACAGACGAACCCACUUCACCCAUAACCAGACAGCGAGAUUCAUCCCGAGGCAGACGCAGAGAGAAAGAGGAUAUUAAAAUCACAAAGGAACGCACUCCAGCUAGUGAGGAAGAGACCGCAGAUUGGGAAGCCAGUCGUGAAGAUUCCGAUAACGGUGAUUACGAGUUAUCUCUUGAGAUGAAGAGACAGAAGAUUCAGCGAGAGCUGAUGAAGCUGGAACAGGAGAACAUGGACAAACGAGAAGAGAUUUUCAUCAAGAAAGAGGACCCAGUCCCUAAGACCAGGACGAGUAAUACUUCAAAGGAUAGGGCUUCCCCUGAGCACAGUAGUUCUAAGGGGUCACCCUUGUCGCGUAAAUCCAGCUCACCCAAACAUAGAGCAGGGAAGGGUGGGAACUCCAGCAAGAAAGAGAAGAAGUCCUCCACUUCCUCAGUCAUCUCCUCUCCAGUGUCUGACCAGACCAGGGCAGAGGAGACAGACAGCAGGUCAUCUAAGAGUGGCCAUGGCAAAAGAAAAGGGCCACGAACGCCCAGUCCUCCACCACCUGUCCCUGUGGAGAACCCAGUGACUGGGAAGAAGCACAAAAAUAAACACAAGAACAAGGAGAAAUGUGAAGACAAACUUAAAGAAGGCAAAGAACGAGGACGAGAUACGGAGAAACACAAAGAGAAAAAGGAAAAACGCAGGGAUCGGUCAGAUAGUUCCCAUAAAGCCAAACGCUCAAUAACAUCAGAGGAACGUUCUGGAAGUCUUUCCCCACCCUCCAGGGAAGCGUCACCCCCAGCCAGAAGGAGGUCAUCCUCCCCUAAAUCCACUUCCCAAAAACAGUCCUCGCAGCAGAGAACCCCAUCUCCUCGCCACAGACGGAGUUCUAUCUCUCCUCUUUACCGAGACCUUCCUCCUCCAUCCUCAUCCUCACCACCUCCCACUCACUCCUCACGCCGCUCCCGCUCUCCGCUCACCCCGCAGAGAGACCCUUCACCGACACCCGUCCCUCGCAGUUCCAGCCCCAGUGCCCGCCACCGCUCCCAGGGCGGGGAGAGGGGGAGAUCAGAGCGAGACAGGAGUCCCGCACUGCAAGAGAGACGGCAUGAGUGCAGAGAUGAGAGCCGCGGAAAGCGAGAGAAAGACAGCAGCCGUGAUGAGCGAGACUAUGAGAUUGAGCAGAGCUCUUCUCGAGAUGACCGUGAUGCCAGGGAUGGCCGAGACCGGCGUGGUGAACGGGAUAGAAGAGAUGUCCGGGAAGAGCGCCAGCACCGCGGGGAGGCCAAAGACACUCGGGAUACCCGCGCAGGAGAACCGCGAGACCGCUCCGGACGAGAAUCCCUGGAGCAUAGAGAGAGAGACCGGGAACGAGAGCGAGAACGAAAUGAAACGACAGCCCAGGAGGAAAGGAAUUAUGGAAGAGGACAUGGAAGGGAGGAAUUGAGAAAUGACAGUAGAGUGGACAACAGGAACGAAUCUCGGGCUGAAAGAACAGGCAGAGACAGGGGCCGUGGGGAUGCCACAGAGAAAGGUUCUGUUCGUGGUGGUAGAGCGUCACAGGCUGACACUAGCAGUGCUAGCGGGCAUGACAGCUGGGAGUCCCGCAGCAGUGGUCUGAGAGAGAGGAGCUCAGAGAGAAACACUGAUCGUGAUCGCUACGAUAAUGACAGACAGAGAGGGGAACAGCCCAGAGAUGAACGGCGGGGAGGACAUGUAGAGAGAGACCGCCGUGACAUCAGAGAAAGAGAACCAAGAGCGUCCACUCCUGUCCGCCAGCAAAACCGCGGUGAGGACCUUGAUCGUGAAGAGAGAAAAGAUGAUCGAAGAGAUGAAAGACGUGAUGACCGCAUGCGUGAGAGAGAGAAGGACAGGGAUAGAGAAAGAGAGAGGGAACGGGAAAGAGAGAAGGAGAGAGAGAGGGAGAAAGAACGGGAAAGAGAGGCUGAAAGAGAACGUGAAAGAGCCAAGGAGAGAGAGCGGGAGAGAGAGAGGGAAAAAGAGCGAGAGAGGGAGAGGGAGGAGAGAGAAAGAGAGCGGGAAAGAGAAAGAGAGGAGCGGGAAAGGGAGAGAGAAGAGCGGGAGAAAGAAAGGGAACGAGAGAGGAAGGAGAGGGAACGGGAAAGGGAGCAAAGAGAGAGGGAAAGGCAGAGGGAGUGGGAUGAGAGAGAAAAAGGGAGGGAAGAGAGGCGGGACCGAAGAGAUGAAUCGCGAGAUGACCGCUCCACCCGAGAUGCUCAUGAAGAGAGAAAGAACACUCGUAAGAGACAUCGUGCUGAGAAUACUCCCAGUCCACGACCAUCUCCUAAAAGAGGUCGAGAUGUGAGCCCUGCAGACAGUGACGGUUACAACAGCACUGAGGAGAAAGGCGAUAAGCACCGACUGCUGAGUCAAGUGGUUCGUCCUCAAGAAACUGCCCGCUCGCCUGCCCACUCCUUUACUGAUGAUAAACACAACCGCUGGAAGGAUGAUGACCGUCGUGUGGAUAAAAAAGAAAGCCGUGGCCGACACGAGGAGGGGGAUUCCCGUGCUGAGAGAGGAGCAGGAAGAGGAGCAGAGCGACGUGAAGAACAUGCUCCAGACAUUUCUGCUACGGGCAUUUCUGACUCUAGAAGGGGAAAAGAGCAGAGGGACCUCCCUAAUGCCACCCUCACUCCUCCUCCUCCUUCCAUAGAGGACAGAGACUCUUUAUCAGCCGUUCAUGAAGAGGGGAAGAAAAAGACUAAAUCUCAGAAGAAAAAUCUGAAGAAGAACCGUAAAGAGGAGGAAUCUGGCGGGGGGGACCGUAGUAACCCCGAGCCCCCAUCCUCCUCCUCUGUAGCUGAAGCCCCCCAGGCUCUCCUGUCACCUCGCAAGACAGCCAAGAAGAAAGCCUUAGAAAGGAAGCGCAAGCGCUCACUGGGUCCUGAGUCAGAUGUAUCUGAGGAUGAGCUGGUCGCCCAGCGUCCCCUCAGCAAGAGGCGACGAGGCCCACGUACACCUCCGCCAAUCAACAAGGAUGACCUUCCUUCCCAGAGGGCUUUAAUGGCUGGACAGAGUUCUCUCUCUGCUAAAAUGGAUGCCAACUUCAGUGACUGGUCUGAUGAGGAUGUACCAGAGCGAGGCGAGACGACUUCUGCCUCCCUGCCAUCCGAUAGGCCUCCGGAGCGGCUGCUUCCCUCUGAACGUCCCCCUAGAAGGGGUGCACGUGGUGGCGGCCGGGACCGUACGGACCCCCCCAUCGCCCCGCUGCUCCCUGAUCCUCCAAUGCUGAUACAGUCUCUUCCUUUACAACCAUUACUGCCACAACACAUGCUGCGUAAACCACCCCAAGCAGACAUGCAGCGCAGCAGUAGCAUGGGCAGCAACCAAAGCCGUGCAUCUUCGAGAAGGCUACGCUCGCCCUCCAAUGAGUCGGCCCACCGUGAUGAAGGCCCUCAGGGACUCAGGCCCCGCAGAGGACUCAUGCAAGGUGGCAAUUCUCGGGAGAGAGAGCGAGAGAGGGAAUGGGAACGAGAGAGGGAGAGAGACAGGGAGAGGGCAGCGGCCAGUGAACAGAUGGGAGGAGAGAGGAAGUCGAGGAUUGAUCAGCUCCGGAGAGGAGAACCCAGUCGAAGUACUUCCUCAGACCGACAGGACUCCCGGAGUCACAGUUCUCGUCGUAGUUCACCAGAGUCUGAGCGUCAGGCUCGCUCCAGAGCCGGCUCCUACGACAGCCGUGAGCGGGAACGAGAUUGUGAUCAGUUGGAUCGAGAGCGUGAGAAAAAGGAUCACCGUCAGAUGCAAACUCAACAAACCCAACAGCGAGACUGGGACCCAGAACCUCGUGAGUGGGGCGGGCGGGGCAGAGAGCCCCUCCUCCGUGGCAACCGUGAGCCAAUUAGAGAGAGAGACUUGUGGGAGAUGAGGGAACGACUCUUACCUGAAGGGUUGCUGGCACAUGAGCGAAUGGAUCGUGAGCAUGGUGAAAGGGACCGUGAGCGCGAACGGGAAAUGAUGCUUCCGUUUGACCUUCAGGCUCACAGGGAACCAAAGAGCAGAUCUGAAACUAAGAUUGAGAGGGGAGAGUAUGAGCCUCUGUUACCCAGAGAAGCCCUCAUGGAUGUAGAUAAGCCAGCCGACAACUCACACCUGCAAGUGGAAGCAUCUGAACCCAAAAUGGAUAGUCUUGAUGAAGAGGAGGAUGGAAAGGGGGAUGAUGCACAGUCUGCUGUCUCAGAUGGUGAGGAGUAUGAGCCAAUCAGUGAUGAUGAACUGGACGAGAUUCUGGCUGACAGUCAAAAGAGGGACGAACAGCAAGAUGAUGAAAAGAUUUCUGGGCCUCUAGAUGUGAUUGAUGUAGAUUGGUCCAGUUUGAUGCCCAAGCAAAAACAGGAGCCCAGAACUCCUGGGGCAGCUCUUCUCCGAUUCACCCCAGGGGCUGUUUUGCUCAGAGCGGGAGUGUCCAGACGCUUAGCUGGGCCUCCGCUCCUUGCCAGAGUUAAAGAAGUGUGUUCCAGAGAGCUGGAAGACCCUAAAGAUGCUGAUAAACUCUUAGAGCAUGAUCUGGGUGCUCUGAACAUGGCUGCAUACAACAGAAGAAUGGAGAGGGCCAACCUACUGAGGAGCCAGGGUCCUUGCUGCAAGGCACUGUGUGCUCGCAGAGACAUUGCCAUACGUAGACAGCUCCUGAAAAAUGACAAGGGCACAACCAAGCAGAUCUACACCAGCGCUCCAGUGGUGGACAAUGAACUUGUGCAACUGAGUUUACGUCUCUUUAAAAAGAAAAUGGCUUCCAGCCUGUCCAGUGGACAGGAAAAGACUGAUUCAGCCUCUGCAGCCCAACAGCUCAGCACACCAGCAGAACUGUGCGUCUCCUGAUUGUGCUCAGUGAGUACAGUCUGAAAGUACUGAUCUCAGAUCACGGUCAUCUCGAUUAUUUUCACACACUGAAACUGUUUAAGUCAGUG